AUGCAAAAUGCAAAUUACUGCAAAAAUUGAACUCAGGUGAAAUGUAAAAUGAACUUUGAUGUGCAUGGUGGCUUUGGGCAAAACUGUUGAAGAAUGCAAAUGAUCCUGGCAUGAUGACUUGAGCGUUUGCCCUUAGUUUGCAAGACCAACAUGAACUUUUGAAGCUUAUUUUGAAACGCCUUUAGGCUAAAAGCACCCUGAAGGCUGCACGCCCACCGGUUGACAGUAUAAAAGCCACAGCACGAUCUAUAAGGCUCAUCCUGAAUCCAGAAUCCAUCAGUGCAUCUUUAACAUCUUCACUUUCAGUGACCAACAUGAGCUUCAAAUUAAAGUCGGGCUGCAGGUCAAGCUGCCACACCACCUCCGGCUUUAGCGUCCCUUAUGUGAGCCGAAUUCAUGGAGGACUGAAAGCUGGGAAAGGCGUCUUCAUCCAGGGAGCUGUUCCUGCUGGAUCUGAUGGCUUUGUGGUGAAUCUGAAGUGUGGAGAGUCUGACGGGGAUGACAUCGCCUUUCAAAUGAAGCCUCAGUUUAUCAGUAACUUCACUGCGGUAAACAGCCGCCAAAACGGAUCAUGGGGAAAAGAGGAGAAACUGGACUUUCCUUUAAAACCGGGGAGCAGUUUUGAUCUGAACAUUGCAGUGAAUUCUGAAGGUUAUCAGGUGUUUUUGAGUGGACAAGAAGUCGGUUGUUUUCAGCAUCGUAUAUCUCUGGAACGCGUCAACACUCUGGCUGUCGCAGGAGGGGUUUCUUUAACAAACGUGAUGUUCACCGAGGGCUGGUCUGGGUCUUCUAGCAUCAGGGGUGGCAGAGGCAUGCAUCACUCACAUCAUGGGGUUUUUAGAGGACAUUCAUCUAUGCGGGAGGGAACCUGGUCUUUCACUGAGACCAAACAUCAUCCGUCAACUACCCAUCUGACAACUGAACUUUCCUUAAGCAACCCAGUCCAAAAUCCUAAACUCCCUUAUGUGGGCCCUAUUUCAGGAGGACUGAGAGAAGGCAUGGCCUUGUAUGUCAAAGGAGUUGUUCCUAAUAAUGCUGAUCGAUUUGCACUAAAUUUCAAGACUGGGAUUUCUGACAAGGAUGACGUUGCUUUCCACUUCAACCCUCGAAUGGAGCAGAAGGUGACCAUGAACAGUUUCCAGAACGGAGCAUGGGGAACUGAGGAAAGUGUCUCAGACAACCCCUUUAAAAAGGGGCAAGAUUUUGAGAUGUUGACUGCCAUCACAUCUGCAGGAUAUCAGGUUUAUGUGAACGGCAAGGAACUGUACACAUUCAAGCAUCAUAUACCACUGGAAAAGGUGGCAGUGUUGAAUAUUGGUGGAGAUGUAACCCUGAACCUUUUUGGCUUCAUUCAAAACUUGAGCACUUCUGCAUUCCCUACCAGAGACACAAAAACAUUCACCAGCCUCGGCAGCUCACAUGGGAAAUGGUCCAGCACACACUAUGAAAUUUCACAACCAGUCCAACACCCUAAUCUUCCUCGUGUGGUCCAGAUUCCCGGAGGACUGAAAGAAGGCAUGAUCUUGUACAUGAAGGGAGCUGUUCCUGCCAAUGCUGACAGAUUUGAAAUCAAUUUCAAGACUGGGCAGUCUGGUGAUGAUGACACUGCUUUCCAUUUCAACCCUCGGAUGGAUAAGAACGUGGCCAUGAACAGCAUAAUAAAUGGACAAUCUGGAACAGAAGAAAUUAUCUCCGACAACCCUUUUAAAAAGGGAGAACCAUUUGAGAUGUUAACUAUCAUCAAACCUGAAGGAUAUCAGGUGCAAGUGAAUGGCAAAGAACAGUGCAUAUUCAAGCACCGUACACCUCUUGAAAGAGUGUCAGCAUUAAAUAUCAGCGGAGACGUUGCUGUAAACAACUUGGAGAUCUCACAGUCAAUCCAAAACCCAAAUAUUCCUUAUGUGGGCCAAGUUCCUGGAGGACUGAGAGAAGGCAUGGCCCUGUUCAUGCAGGGUGUUGUUCCUGAUAAUGCUGACCAAUUUGAAAUCAAUUUUAAGACUGGGCAGUCUGGCAGUGAUGACAUUGCUUUCCACUUCAACCCCCGAAUGGGCCAGAAGGUGGUCAUGAACAGCUUCAGGAAUGGAGCAUGGGAAACUGAGGAAAGUGUCUCAGACAACCCCUUUACAAAGGGACAACACUUUAAGAUGCUGACUGCCAUCACAUCUGCUGGAUAUCAGGUGUACGUGAAUGACAAAGAACUGUGCACAUUCAAGCACCGUCUACCACUGGAAAGAUUGUCAACAUUAAAUAUCAGUGGAAAUGUUGCCAUCAACUCUCUUGGCUCCAUACAAAACUGGAGCACAUCCUCACCCGUUACUCAAGCCAAGUCAACAAUCCCCAGCCACGGCAGCACACAUGGGAAAUGGUCCAGCACACACUUGGAGAUCUCGCAACCAGUCCAACAACCUAAACUUGCUCGUGUGGUCCAGAUUCCCGGAGGACUGAAAGAAGGCAUGAUCUUGUACAUGAAGGGAGCUGUUCCUGCCAAUGCUGACAGAUUUGAAAUCAAUUUCAAGACUGGGCAGUCUGGUGAUGAUGACACUGCUUUCCAUUUCAACCCUCGGCUGGAUAAGAACGUGGCCAUGAACAGCGUAAUAAAUGGACAAUCUGGAACAGAAGAAAUUAUCUCUGACAACCCUUUUAAAAAGGGAGAACCAUUUGAGAUGUUAACUAUCAUCAAACCUGAAGGAUAUCAGGUGCAAGUGAAUGGCAAAGAACAGUGCAUAUUCAAGCACCGUACACCUCUUGAAAGAGUGUCAGCAUUAAAUAUCAGUGGAGACGUUGCUGUAAACAACUUGGAGAUCUCACAGUCAAUCCAAAACCCAAUUAUUCCUUAUGUGGGCCAAGUUCCCGGAGGACUGAGAGAAGGCAUGGCCCUGUUCAUGCAGGGUGUUGUUCCUGAUAAUGCUGACCAAUUUGAGAUCAACUUCAAGACUGGGCAGUCUGGCAGUGAUGACAUUGCUUUCCACUUUAAACCCCAAAUGGGCCAGAAGGUGGUCAUGAACAGCUUCAGGAAUGGAGCAUGGGAAACUGAGGAAAGUGUCUCAGACAACCCCUUUACAAAGGGACAACACUUUAAGAUGCUGACUGCCAUCACAUCUGCAGGAUAUCAGGUGUACGUGAAUGACAAAGAACUGUGCACAUUCAAGCACCGUCUACCACUGGAAAGAUUGUCAACAUUAAAUAUCAGUGGAAAUGUUGCCAUCAACUCUCUUGGCUCCAUACAAAACUGGAGCACAUCCUCACCCGUUACUCAAGCCAAGUCAACAAUCCCCAGCCACGGCAGCACACAUAGGAAAUGGUCCAGCACACACUUGGAGAUCUCGCAACCAGUCCAACAACCUAAUCUUCCUCGUGUGGUCCAGAUUCCCGGAGGACUGAAAGAAGGCAUGAUCUUGUACAUGAAGGGAGCUGUUCCUGCCAAUGCUGACAGAUUUGAAAUCAAUUUCAAGACUGGGCAGUCUGGUGAUGAUGACACUGCUUUCCAUUUCAACCCUCGGCUGGAUAAGAACGUGGCCAUGAACAGCGUAAUAAAUGGACAAUCUGGAACAGAAGAAAUUAUCUCUGACAACCCUUUUAAAAAGGGAGAACCAUUUGAGAUGUUAACUAUCAUCAAACCUGAAGGAUAUCAGGUGCAAGUGAAUGGCAAAGAACAGUGCAUAUUCAAGCACCGUACACCUCUUGAAAGAGUGUCAGCAUUAAAUAUCGGUGGAGACGUUGCUGUAAACAACUUGGAGAUCUCACAGUCAAUCCAAAACCCAAAUAUUCCUUAUGUGGGCCAGGUUCCUGGAGGACUGAGAGAAGGCAUGGCCCUGUUCAUGCAGGGUGUUGUUCCUGAUAAUGCUGACCAAUUUGAGAUCAAUUUUAAGACUGGGCAGUCUGGCAGUGAUGACAUUGCUUUCCACUUCAACCCCCGAAUGGGCCAGAAGGUGGUCAUGAACAGCUUCAGGAAUGGAGCAUGGGAAACUGAGGAAAGUGUCUCAGACAACCCUUUUACAAAGGGACAACACUUUAAGAUGCUGACUGCCAUCACAUCUGCUGGAUAUCAGGUGUACGUGAAUGACAAAGAACUGUGCUCAUUCAAGCACCGUCUACCACUGGAAAGAUUGUCAACAUUAAAUAUCAGUGGAAAUGUUGCCAUCAGCUCUCUUGGCUCCAUACAAAACUGGAGCACAUCCUCACCCGUUACUCAAGCCAAGUCAUCAAUCCCCAGCCUGGGAAGGUCAUCUGGAAAAUGGUCCACCACACACUUGGAGAUCUCACAACCAGUCCAACAACCUAAACUUCAUAAGGUGGUCCAGAUUCCUGGAGGACUGAAAGAAGGCAUGAUCUUGUACAUGAAGGGAGCUGUUCCUGCCAAUGCUGACAGAUUUGAAAUCAAUUUCAAGACUGGGCAGUCUGGUGAUGAUGACACUGCUUUCCAUUUCAACCCUCGGCUGGAUAAGAACGUGGCCAUGAACAGCGUAAUAAAUGGACAAUCUGGAACAGAAGAAAUUAUCUCUGACAACCCUUUUAAAAAGGGAGAACCAUUUGAGAUGUUAACUAUCAUCAAACCUGAAGGAUAUCAGGUGCAAGUGAAUGGCAAAGAACAGUGCAUAUUCAAGCACCGUACACCUCUUGAAAGAGUGUCAGCAUUAAAUAUCGGUGGAGACGUUGCUGUAAACAACUUGGAGAUCUUGCAGUCAAUCCAAAACCCAAAUAUUCCUUAUGUGGGCCAAGUUCCCGGAGGACUGAGAGAAGGCAUGGCCCUGUUCAUGCAGGGUGUUGUUCCUGAUAAUGCUGACCAAUUUGAGAUCAAUUUCAAGACUGGGCAGUCUGGCAGUGAUGACAUUGCUUUCCACUUUAAACCCCAAAUGGGCCAGAAGGUGGUCAUGAACAGCUUCAGGAAUGGAGCAUGGGAAACUGAGGAAAGUGUCUCAGACAACCCCUUUACAAAGGGACAACACUUUAAGAUGCUGACUGCCAUCACAUCUGCAGGAUAUCAGGUGUACGUGAAUGACAAAGAACUGUGCACAUUCAAGCACCGUCUACCACUGGAAAGAUUGUCAACAUUAAAUAUCAGUGGAAAUGUUGCCAUCAACUCUCUUGGCUCCAUACAAAACUGGAGCACAUCCUCACCUGUUGCUCAAGCCAGGUCAGCAAUACCCAGCCAGGGCAGCUCUCAUGGGAAAUGGUCCAGCACACACUUGGAGAUCUCGCAACCAGUCCAACACCCUAAACUUACUAAGGCGGUCCAGAUUCCCGGAGGACUGAAAGAAGGCAUGAUCUUGUACAUGAAGGGAGCUGUUCCUGCCAAUGCUGACAGAUUUGAAAUCAAUUUCAAGACUGGGCAGUCUGGUGAUGAUGACACUGCUUUCCAUUUCAACCCUCGGCUGGAUAAGAACGUGGCCAUGAACAGCGUAAUAAAUGGACAAUCUGGAACAGAAGAAAUUAUCUCUGACAACCCUUUUAAAAAGGGAGAACCAUUUGAGAUGUUGACUAUGAUCAAACCUGAAGGAUAUCAGGUGCAAGUGAAUGGCAAAGAACAGUGCAUAUUCAAGCACCGUACACCUCUUGAAAGAGUGUCAGCAUUAAAUAUCAGUGGAGACGUUGCUGUAAACAACUUGGAGAUCUCACAGUCAAUCCAAAACCCAAAUAUUCCUUAUGUGGACCAAAUUCCUGGAGGACUGAGAGAAGGCAUGGCCAUGUUCAUGCAGGGUGUUGUUCCUGAUAAUGCUGACCAAUUUGAGAUCAAUUUCAAGACUGGGCAGUCUGGCAGUGAUGACAUUGCUUUCCACUUCAACCCCCGAAUGGGCCAGAAGGUGACCAUGAACAGCUUCAGGAAUGGAGCAUGGGAAACUGAGGAAAGUGUCUCAGACAACCCCUUUAAAAAAGGACAACAUUUUAGUAUGUUGACUGCCAUCACAUCUGCUGGAUAUCAGGUGUACGUGAAUGACAAAGAACUGUGCACAUUCAAGCACCGUCUACCACUGGAAAGAUUGUCAACAUUAAAUAUCAGUGGAAAUGUUGCCAUCAACUCUCUUGGCUCCAUACAAAACUGGAGCACAUCCUCACUUGUUCCUCAAGCCAAGUCAACAAUCUCCAGCCUGGGCGGCUCACAUGGGGAACAGUCUACCACACACUUGGAGAUCUCACAACCAGUCCAACACCCUAGCAUUCCUUAUGUUGGCCCCAUUUCAGGAGGACUGAGAGAGGGCAUGGCCGUGUACUUGCAGGGUGUUGUUCCUCCUAAUGCUGACAAAUUUCAAAUCAAUUUUAAGACUGGGCAGUCUGGCAGUGAUGACACUGCUUUCCACUUUAACCCCCGAAUGGGCCAGAUUGUGGCCAUGAACAGCUUCAGGAACGGAAAAUGGGAAACUCAGGAGAGUGUCUCCAACAACCCAUUUAAAAAGGGGGAAGCUUUUGAGAUGUUCACUGUCAUCAAAUCUGAAGGAUAUCAGGUGUAUGUGAAUGGCAAGGAACAUUACACAUUCAAGCACCGAAUACCACUGGAAAAAGUGUCCACAUUGAGUAUUGUUGGAGGAGUUUCAGUCAAGCUUUUGGGCUUUAUUGAAAACUGGAGCAAAUCUUCAUUUUGUACCAAAGUCAAGUCCACUAUCACCUGUAUGGGAAGCUCACACAAGGAACAGUCCAGCAUACACUCGGAGAUCUCUCAAGCAGUCCAAAACCCUAAUCUUCCUUAUGUUGGCCCCAUUUCAGGAGGGCUGAGAGAAGGCAUGGCCGUGUACUUGCAGGGUGUUGUUCCUCCUAAUGCUGACAAAUUUGAGAUCAAUUUCAAGACUGGGCAGUCUGGCAGUGAUGACAUUGCUUUCCACUUCAACCCCCAAAUGGGCCAGAAGGUGGUCAUGAACAGCUUCAGGAAUGGAGCAUGGGAAACUGAGGAAAGUGUCUCAGACAACCCUUUUACAAAGGGACAAGAUUUUGAGAUGCUCACCGUCCUCCAGCCAGAAGGAUAUCAAGUGUAUGUGAACGGCAAGGUGCUGCACACAUUCAAGCACCGUAUGCAACUAGAAAAAGUGUCCACCUUAAAUAUAUUUGGAGGUGUUGCAGUAAAUCUUUUGGGCUUCAUUCAAAACUGGAGCAAAUCCUCAUUUGCUACCCAAGUCAAGUCAACAUACACCAGUCUGGGCAGCUCACAUCUGGAGCAAUCAACCACACACUCAGAGAUCGUGCAAGCAGUCCAAAACCCUAACCUUCCUUAUGUGGGCUCAAUUUCUGGAGGACUGAGAGAAGGCAUGGCCUUGUACUUCCAGGGUGUUGUUCCUCCUAAUGCUGACAAAUUUGAGAUCAAUUUCAAGACUGGGCAGUCUGGCAGUGAUGACAUUGCUUUCCACUUUAACCCCCUAAUGGGCCAGAAUUUGGACAUGAACAGCUUCAGGAAUGGAGCAUGGGAAACUCAGGAGAGUGUCUCCAACAACCCUUUUAAAAAGGGGGAAGCUUUUGAGAUGUUCAUGGUCAUCAAAUCUGAAGGAUAUCAGGUAUAUGUAAACGAAAACGACCUGUACACAUUCAAGCACCGUAUACCACUGGAAAAAGUGUCCAUCUUGAAUAUUGUUGGAGCGGUUUCUAUGAACAUUUUUGGGUUCAUUCAAAACUGGAGCAAAUCCUCAUUUACUACUAGAGUCAAGUCAACAAUCACCAGUCUGGGAAGCCCACAGUGGGAUCUGUCCAUAAUACAAUCAAAGGCCUUACAAGCAGUGCAAAAUCCCAACCUUCCUUAUUUGGGCCAAAUCCCUGGAGGACUAAGAGAAGGCAUGACCUUGUAUGUGAAGGGAGUUGUUCCUAGUAAUGGUGAUCGGUUUUCAAUCAACUUCAAGACCGGGUCUACUGAUAAGGAUGACAUUGCUUUCCACUUCAAUCCCCGAAUGGGCUCAAAGCUGGUCAUGAACAGUAUGAAGAGCGGGAGAUGGGGAGCGGAGGAAUACGUCUCUGAAAACCCGUGUAAAAAGGGAGAUGCUUUUGAGUUCUACAUUCAGAUCAAAGCUGAAGGAUAUCAGGUGCAAUUCAAAGACCACAAGCAGAGCAUGUUCAAACACCGCAUCCCUUUUGAAAGAGUGACUACAAUCAACGUUCUGGGGAAUGUCUCUAUCAGCUUUCUUGGAUUUGUCAUGGGGAUGUGAAUCGGAUCAUUUUUAUGGCGGCUUCCACUGCAUUAAAGAGCACUCAGCGAGAGAAAAUCAUGCACAUCCUCAUCCUGAUAUUCAUACAUCAUCUACAUCACUGAUCCCAGUCUAAUCCAUUAUGCCACACCAAGGUCGCUACAUUUGUGGCAAUGCAAGCAAAUGAAUCCAUUUUCUCAAGUUUCAAAAGUAAUGCGCUUUAGGAUUUUCUUUAACAUUGAGGCUAGUUUUCACACCCUGUUUUUACAUAAAUGGCCACAAGGUGGAACUCUUUCUACAGUGUUACAGCCAGCAAACUGAAAGCAAUAAUGUGCUUAUUAAAUUAAUUAAUUAAACAACAUAUUUUAAGUUGCUUUCCUGCCGAAAGUCCUUUCUGAAAAACUUCAACCAUUAAGCAGUAUUUCUUUAUAUGUAAUUGCAUAAUCACAUCUGUUGCUUAAACUACCUGCUUAAUAUAACGGCAAGCAUUUACUGUGAUAAGACUAUAUACCUAUUCACAUACUUCCAUGUACUUCUUCAUAGGGGUGAUUCUAGAAUUGAGGGUAAUUUUGCUAAAUCUUCUAUUAUUUUCCUUCUUUAAUUUAACACUUUUAAUUAAUAACACAAAUAUUAUCAAUUGAUCUCUAAAGGUAAUUAGGGACAUUUUGUCUAGAAAAUAUUAAAUGAAAAGCUCCCUCUUUACCUAUGUUUAACUGUCUUUGCCUCCUGAAUCAUAUUCAGCUUCAAUUUUCAUCAAAUAAUUAAGGCUAUUCUUCAUCUUUUGUCUGUGUUUACUCUACUAAAUCAAAUAAACUUUUGCAUGGACAUCUA